AUGACUGAUUCACGUCCUUCUUUGAUUGCACUGUGGGAAGAAGCCCCACCAUAUACAACCAUGUUCCCUCUGAGCUUACAAUCUUUCAAUGCUCUGCUGCUCAUCAUCCUCGGUCUGAGUUUUACCGGUCUUUUCAUCUUGGCUCCUAAACGUCGUGAAUCUUUCCAUCAGACCCUUUCUACUCUCGGCACUGGAGUUAUCGCCUCGCUGUGUUUUGGAUUUGGCAGCGUGUUUUUGCUUGAUAGCGUGGGAGUUUACCCUUGA